UUUUAAAUAGUUCAAGAUGAAUUCAGAUGGAAAUAUUGAGUCGAUAGACCAAGACGAGAACCACAAGAUGGCUGAGAAUAAGUACGAAGAGAAUCAUAGACAAGAAGCUGAUAUUGAAGUAAAAGGAGUUAAAUAAGGCUUCAAGCUCAGUACAUCAGUUCAAUAAUGAUAGCAAUGGGGAUAAGGAGGAUCUUGAAGAAAGUAAUUCUCUUAAACCGUCGACUAAGGAGGAAACCAAGCUUGUCAAAGGAAAUAGCAAGGUUGCUCCUGAGGGAGCCAAGCCUAAGAAGAAUCCCUUUGCUAAAUAAGGUAACUUACCUCAAUGUCACAUCUGAAGAACUCAUCAAGAUAUACCGGAUGAGUCAAUGCAGAGUGUCUAUUGCCAACUUCAUGCGAGCCAAGUCGGUAGAUGUGUUCAUCAUCAUCCUCAUAUUGCUCUAUACUUUGCUGGUAGUUGUAUACUUGGCCAUUGACGACGAGAUCGAAGGCUCCAAGUCUGCAGAAAUGGCUCUGCAGAUCACAGAGCUGUGCUUCCUGUUUGUGUUCUGCAUUGAGAUCACACUGAACCUCGUGGGGUUCGGCUGUUUGUUCAUUAAAGACUGGUGGAACAUUGCUGAUAUCACGGUGAUUCUCUUGGCUAUUGUGUUCGUCAUUCUGGACAUGAUACUUGAUGACUCCAGUCUGUCAGGACUCUUCCGAUUGAGAGGUCUGUUCAGACUGCUCAGAGUUGGCAUUCUGAUACGAAAGUUCGACUCGCUUCGCAAGAAAAGCCAAGCACGAAAGAGACUCAAAAACAAAGACAUUUACCAUGUGGCUUCUCCAGCUGAAAUCGUCAACGAAAUUUUGUGAGACAUCAGAGACAUGGUUGAAAACGACGACAAAAUGAUUGAAGACCUCAAUUAUUGCAUCAAAAUGGUGUCAUCAGGCAAGUUGUAUGAAGCCAACAUUGACGACAACAUUGAAGAAGGCGAUGAAAAUCGGAGAGAAGCUAUAUCUUUCUUCAAGAACAUCCAAGGCAACACCAACACUAACAACAAAGAUGAUGAAGCUGUUGAAAAGGAAAUACAAAGCAAAAUAAAGACCAUCGACAUCGAUGAGAAGCUGAAUCUGAACUCUCAGACUAAGGCGAUGCUCAACAAAGCUGACAGUCUGAGCUUCAAUAUUUUUGACUUCAAAGACUUGGUCGAAGAGAAAGAAUUGUAUGUGUUGACAUCGUAUCUACUCAACAAGCACGAUUUAUUCAGAGCCAUGAAAAUGGACCCUGAAGUGUUCUUCAGCUUCAUCACCAGGAUCCAGGACUACUACAACCACUCCUUCAUCGAGUACCACAACAAGACUCAUGGAGCAGAUGUGUGUCAGACUUCUUACUUCUUCUUGGAAGGGUGUGACUUAAGAAACAUUUGUAGACUGAGCGACAACGAGUUUGGAGCAAUGCUGAUUGCUUCUUCUUGACACGACUUCGAACACUUUGGAUUCAACAAUCCGUUUCUGAUAGAAUCAAGGCUUCCAUGGGCUAUUGAGUACAACGACCAGUCUCCGCUUGAGAACCACCACAUUGCAAGCACUUUCGGAGUGAUGCAGAAACAAGAAUACAACAUCCUCAAGAACUUGUCAACAGAAGAAUACAAAACUUGCAGGAAAAUGAUGAUUGACCUUGUGCUUGCCACUGAUGCAGCCCGGCACUUCACAGACUUAGCCAAGUUCAAGUCUAGAGUGGGUGCUGAAGACUUCGCACCCAGUGGUGAAGACAAACAGCCAGUGCUGAACAUGUCAAUUCACUUAUCUGACAUAUCAAACCCUGCAAAGCCGUUCAACUUGGCACUGAUAUGGACCGGACUGCUGUAUGAUGAGUUCUUCAAACAAGGAGACAGAGAAGUUGAGCAAGGUCGCAACCCUUCAUUCCUCAUGGACAGAAACACCACUAACAUCGCAGGCUGCUCUAUAGGGUUCAUCAACAUGCUGGUGACUCCUGCGUAUGAAGAACUUGUCAAAGUGAUACCAGACGCAUCUAUCUGACUGGACAAUAUCAACACUAACAAAGAUAAGUGGGAGGAGCAGAAAUCUGAGUUCGCCAAGAGGAUGGAGUCAAACAACAACUAUAUUCCAGAGUCAAGGGGUGUCAUUCUGGAUCCAAAAGACGUGAUGAAGUCAUCAGUCAACUUAAUGCCAUCUCCAAAGGGAGAACACUGGGGGAUGGGCAAGGGCUUUAACGAAAACCACGCCAUGCAAGUAACUCCAAUGUAA